GUUUCCAAUGCGCACUACUCUUUGAUGUUGCACAUCAUACUUGAUUGUCAAAUUGACAAGACAGUAAAUGUCAAUCGCAACUUGUUUUCGUUUAUAUUUAUCGUGAAUACUUGUUUAUUAAUGCAAAUAUAAUGGUUACUGAUAUUUUAAACUAUUUAAUAAUGUUUUUCACGUUCUGAUUAUGAUACAGAAACGAAUUAGUUUAUCAAAAUGAGUAUGAAGGUGGAAACAGUUAGUGUUUGCUAUGGAUGUUUAAGCGCAAAUCGAAAUGCAGUUCCUUUAGGUGAAUUAUCGGAAUUAUUUUGCAUUUUAGUACCACAGACAUUUAUAUAUGAGAAUGUACUUCUCUGUUGGGAGUGCAGAAGUAUAUUAAAGAAGACAUGGAAAUUCCAGCAAAGGAUUCAACAAGCUCAGAUAUUAAUGCAAACUCCUGAAUUCCUACUUGACUAUUCAACGUCCAGUCUAUCAACAUUACAAUUAAAAGUUAUUGACAGUAAUUAUGAUAUUGUGUAUAAAAAUUACUCGGACAAUGAGGAUAAAGUCAAAUUAGAAAUUGAGGCAGAAUUUAAAAUAGAUUCUGCUGUAGAUAAUGUACAUUAUAAUGAAAUUGAAAUUGAAUCUAAAGAAGUCAUUGAUACAGAAAAUAAUGAUUUAAAAAACAAACAAUUUGAUGAAUAUUUCGAUGUUUUGAUAUAUGAGAAAAUUAAUAGCGAUGAUAAAAUCCAAAUCGAUAACAAAGAUAUUGAAAAUAUAACUAAAAUAAAUAAAGGGAAAAGGAACAUUGAAAUUGGAAUUACACCAGAAAUUGAAAAAUCAUAUUCAGAUGAUGAAAAUCAUGAAGAUAGUGAUAAUGAAAAUUUAAGAAAAUAG